UUGGCUGCCAUCUUGUUUUUAGCCCACAAUCACAAAUUAAUUUUUCUCUACGUAAGCGUGGUUGUGUCUGCCUGCUGCCUGCGAAAAAAAAUUGUGUAUACCUAGAGACGCAAUUAAUACUUGGCUAAAGAAAAAAAAACCUUAGUUAAAGUUAGCAAACGCUUUCUACGUAUAUAUUUAUAUACACAUAUAUAUAUAGAUAUAUAUAUAUAUAUAUAUAUAAACACACCAUGCCCCGCUAUCGUGAAUGGGAUUUGGCCUGCAAAGUCUACGUGGGCAAUCUGGGCUCCUCGGCCUCCAAACAUGAGAUUGAGAACGCGUUCAGCAAAUACGGACCUCUGCGCAACGUGUGGGUCGCCCGCAAUCCGCCUGGCUUUGCCUUCGUCGAGUUCGAGGAUCGUCGCGAUGCUGAGGAUGCGACACGCGGUCUUGACGGCACACGCUGCUGUGGCACACGCAUACGCGUCGAAAUGUCCUCUGGCCGUUCGCGCGAAGGACGCGGUGGCGGCGGCGGCGGUGGCGGCGGAGGUGGCCGUCGUGGCGGCCGCAGCGGUAGCGGUGGCGGCGGCGGUGCAGCUGCUCGCGCUGGCGAUGCUGGUGGACGUUAUAGGAUAAAGCCUACUUCUACUACAAGCACAACAAGAACAACAACAACAAGAACAACAGCUACUACUACUACUACUAGAACUUCUACUACUCCUCCUCUUCCUUCAACAAGUACAACUACUACAACAACAACAACAACAACAAGAACAACUUCACGUCUCAUAACUACAACAACAACAACAACAACAGCUCCUGCUCCUCCUCUUACACACAUUUCACCAACACCAACUACAACAACAACACGCCCAACCAAAUUGUGCAGCUUUAUGAUAAUUGUCGAUUUCAACAAAUACGAUAUAUUCCGCUGACUGCAAUAACAACAACAACAACAAUAGCGACAGCAACAGCAACACAUCACAACAAAAACAACACAAGUUCCUCUGCGCAAGCUCUCAACAACAUUAUGUACUUAACGUACGCAUCUAUUUAUCAGCCAAGGGGCAAUCCAAUCACCAUUCAUCAGCUGCAGCCAACUGCAGCAGCAGCAGCAGCAGCAGCAGCUACAACCUGCAUCAGCAACAACUGCAACUGCAACUGCAACACAAUACAACAUUCACUCACUCUAACUCAUGCUCAUACCACAUGCACACACACACACACACACACACACUCUCACACACACUCACACAAAAAUCAGCAAGUGCCACGUGCCACGUGCCACCGUGAGAGCAGUCAAUCAGUCGGUCAAUCAAUCAAUCAAUUGACUGCAGCUGUCGUCGCAACUUCACCAACAGCAACAACAAUCUUCAUACUUCAUCUCGUUUCGUACCAACAACAACAUCAACAACAACAACAACAACGACCAUUUGCUAUCUCAUUUAUUAACAACACUUAUCAACAACAACAACAACAACACCAACAACAACAACAGCAACAAGCAAGUGCAACUACUGACCCAGCAGCAAUCAAAUCUAACUCCAAUUACACCAACCAACAACCAACCAACCAACCAACCAACCAGUCAACCAGUCAAUCAAUCAAUCAAUUAAUCAAUCAAUCAACCAAACAACCAACCAACCAGUCAAUCAACCAGUCAAUCGAUCAACGCUUUGCAACAGCCACAACAACUGUAGACAACUACAACUUGCAGUCCUAGACGCGUCUUCUGCAACGCCUCUCAGCCUCGGUCGUGCUUCUGUCCCCAAAAACAAAAUGAACCUCAUCUUAUGUCAUCUAUAAGCCAGCCUGCCACCGACAACGACCAACAGCCAAGCAGCCAAUCAGCCAAUCAGCCAAUCAGCCAAUCAGCCAGUCAGCCAAUCAAGCAAGAACUUCAACAACAGCAAUCACCAAGAAACAACAGCAACAACAACAGCAGCUACUUCAACAACAUGCAGCAUGCAACAUGCAUUGGGGUCCUUGUUUUUAACCAUCUCUUUUGUUGUUGCUCUAGCUCCUAGGCUCAUCUCAGUUCUUGCACCCCUUCCACAACAACAUGCCCGGGUUGGCCACCCCAUCCCCCUACACCCUGCGUCGAGCAUCUCCAUCAAAAAUGUUUAUGAAUCUUCAAAUUCAGCCUGCGCUGCGCUUCUUCACUAUUCACCUAAACAACUUCAGCUUCAACUGCAACAACUCCUGCAACCGCAAGCGUACCAACAACAACAACAACUACUACAACAACAACAACAACCACCACCAAUUAUCACCAACAACAACAACAACCAACCAACCAACCAACCACCAACCACAACCUCCGAUUAUCACGCAAAGCAACUGCCACAAAAAAAGAAAAGCAAAAGAUAAGCAAAGCGUAUGUAAAAUUGUUUCCAAUUUUUUCUUUUAGCUGUAGCUAAAAAAAAAAAAAAAAUAACGCAAGUUUUAUUUAUAUUUUUGUAUAUUUUUCCAUUAUUUUGUUGUUAUCUUUUUGCCAUUUUCGUAAUACCCUUGCAGCAGUUCACAAUAGAUAGAGUUAGAAUUGGAUCGAACCCAUGUUCCUUCGUGCUUCUAGCUGUAUCCAAGCCAACUUCUCGCCCAGCUGGAACUUGGCAGAGAUGCUUCUAUUUUUUUUUUUGCCAAAAGUAGCAAAUAUGUUGCAGAUUGACUGAAUCGUAUCACUAUAUAGAUAUACAUAUAUAUCUAUCUAUCCAGGAAUACUUUUUUAUGAAUCAUAAAAUCAAUUGAUCAAGUUGAACAAGUGGCUGAUCACUUGGCAGCGUUGCAUCGAACUACUAUAUAUUGCUGUAUAUAGUCAAGUCGCAGAGUUGUUGUCUUGGUCUUGGUUCAAUACAAAGUACAGUGAUCGCUCGCACAUCAAAUUAAUAAUAACAAUUAUCUAAAUAUAAAUAUGUCUGCUGGUAUAUUUAAUUUUUGUUAAACGAUUUGUUGUUUCUUUCAUAAAAUAACAUUUCACGAUUUCUAAUUGAAUUGCGAUCACUGUAGUUUUUAUUAUAUAUGCCAUCUGCCGCAUGUCUGCAAGGGUAUUUGAGUUUCGGCAAGCCGAAGCUAACAGAACUUUCUUGGUUUUUUAUCGUUUAUCGUUAUCGUUAUCGUUCACUUAACAUGCAUUUUUUUUUGUGUGUUGUUGUUGUUCCUCUACACACUCACCCGCUAAUUGUCUGCUUUAUUACAACAACAAGAAAAAGUAACAACAACAGUUAGACUAAAAAGAAAGAAACAAAGUACCGCACACACAGCAGAGGCAGCAGCAGCAGCAGCAGAAACAGCAGCAACAACAACAACUGCGGACGAUCUACCCACUCUUCAGCUCUUCAGCCCUCUCUUCAGCUGCUGCGUUUUGAGCCGCGCUCUCUUCACGUCUGUGUGUGCGUGCGUCUGUGUGUCUGUACAUGUGUGUGCGUAUGGGCAGCGCAGCUGUUGAAAACCAGUAUUAGCAUCAGCACACACACACACACGCACACAAACCACCACACCACAGCACACCACACCAACAACAAACCCACCAUCACCACACCAACAACAACAACAACAACAGCUACUUUUAGUUCACCAAUAACAACAACUACAAUAACAACAAACUACCAGAACAACAGUCUACUCAGUCUGCUCCGCUCAUCAAAAAGCCACCAACCACCAACCACCAAUCUCCACCACCACCACCACAAGCUACUACUGUGUUUAUGUAUGUUUUUUGGGAUAUAGCCCAAGGCAUAGCUAAGAUACCCUGCAAAGUAGCUCAACAACGGUUGUUCUCAGCUCAGCUCAGGUCAGCUCAACGCAGCGCCACAGCCACAACAAAUUGUGACAGCACCACCGACCAAUCAACCACCAAUACUCCCCCCAGCUCCUCCAUAGAAAUGAAAUGGAGGCACAGCUUUAUAAAAAAAAAAAAAACAAAACAAAAUAAUAAUAAUAUGUGUCAAAACGCAAGUGUUAAAAAUCUA